CAAUAUACCGUACUAACCAAACCCAUAAGGAAUAAUUAUUCAUAGUUUGAGGAAAUGGAUUUGAGUGAGUUGAGAAAAGCUGUUGAGGAGGUUGAAGAUGUCGAUGACUUAGAGAAUGCUUCAUUUGUUCGUAUAAUUUGGGUUAACUUUUUAGGACAACAUAGAUGUCGUGCUAUUCCUAGAAAGCGUUUCUAUGAUGUUGUUACGAAGAAUGGGGUUGCUGUACCAUUUGGGAGCAUGGCAUUGACUUCUAUUUUGGGUAAACUUGCACCGGAUUGUGGUUUAGGUUAUGUUGGUGAAGCAAGAUUAACACCUGAUUUAUCUACUAAAAGGACAAUUCCUUGGUGCAAACAAGAUGAAAUGGUUUUAGGGGAUCUCAACGUUAAACCUGGUCAAGCAUGGGAACAAUGCCCGAGAGAGGCCUUAAGAAAAGUUUCCAAAAUUCUCAAAGAUGAAUUUGACUUGGUAGUGAAUGCAGGAUUUGAGAAUGAGUUUUUUCUCUUGAAGAGGGAAACGAAAGAAGAAUGGAUAGAAUUUGACUCGAGUCCUUACUGUUGCUCGUCAUCAUUUGAUGAUGCUUCUCCAAUACUUCGUGAAGUUACUUCUGCUUUGCUUUCUAUGGGUAUUACAGUAGAACAGUUACAUGCAGAAAGUGGUAAAGGUCAAUUUGAGAUUGUUUUGGGACAUACCAUUUGUAGUGAAGCUGCAGACAACUUAGUUUACACACGUGAAACUGUUAGGGCAAUUGCUAGAAAACAUGGCUUGCUUGCAACAUUUGUUCCAAAGUACAAAUUAGAUGAUGUGGGUUCUGGAUGUCAUGUUCAUCUAAGUUUGUGGCAGAAUGGCCAAAAUGUAUUUAUGGCAUCUGAUGGAUCAUCAAAGUAUGGAAUAUCAACUUUGGGGAAAGAAUUUAUGGCUGGAGUUCUUUAUCAUCUUCCUUCUAUUUUUCCAUUUUUAGCUCCACUUGCUAUCAGUUAUGAUCGGUUGCAGCCGACUACAUGGGGUUCAUACUUAUUAUGGGGAAACGAAAAUAGGGCUGCUCCACUACGAGCUUCAUCUCCGCCUGGAACUCCUGAUGGUUUAGUGAGUAAUUUUGAGUUAAAAUUAUUAGAUGGUAUUGCAAACCCAUACUUAGCCUUAGCUGCUACAAUUGCUGCUGGCAUUGAUGGUCUUCGUCAGCAUCUUCCUCUUCCUGAACCUGUUGAUGGAAAUCCAAAUCUAGAAAAUCUUCAGAAAUUGCCAAAAUCACUUUCGGAGUCUUUGGAAGCACUACAUAAGGCUGACUUCCUUAAGGAAUUUAUUGGUGAUAAGUUGCUGACUGCCAUAAAAGGGAUCGGAAUGGCUGAAGUUGAUCAAUACUCGAAGAACAAGGAUGCAUACAAGCAACUCAUACACCGUUAUUGAUUUUGAAGAAUCAAUGUGACUUGGAUAAAAUACUAGUCAACCAUUGGUUGUGGUGUGGGUGAUCUAGAAGUCACAAAAAAACGAUUUUCUCGAAUAAGUUCGUGAAUAUUAAGAAUUGGUGAAUCACAUUAACUUCUCCUCUUAAAAGUUAUUUUCUCGAAUAAGUUUAUUGAAACCCUAUCUUUGACUCCUGAGAUGUUUUUUUAUGUUGGUUCGUUGGUUUUGAUUUAGGCCAAGUUUUAUGUGUGGCUUGUCUUUUAUUUUUAUUUUUAUUUAAUAUAUUUUUUAUCUUCCCUUUUUCUUCUUUUAUGCAUAUCCCUUUGUAAUGGGUAGUAGAGUAACCAUGUACUAUGUUUCCUUUUUGCCAUUAAAAUUAAAAGAGAAAUUUUCAUA